UAGUUUUUACUGGCUUUGUUGGUAACAGUUGGUUUUCUUGAAUUCGUAUUUAUAUGAUUAUUUAAAUUUCUGACCGAAUUAGUUUCACAAGUGAAUCGGGAGAAAUUAUGGAAAUAUUUUUCCUUAAUUAAAAUAAAUUAGUACUGUCUUUCGCACUGGGUUUCUCUCGCUCGCUCUCUGCAUUCUUUCAAAGCUCACAUAUCGUUUAUCUUGAAGCUCAAAUCAUUCCUCGACCCAAGAUGGAAGAAAACAAGGAAGGAUCCACAAAAUUGGAAGCCCAGGAUGAGACUAGGAAGCGACCGUCCAUUUUCAUCAUUGGAUGUCCCAACGUCGGCAAGCGCACCCUAAUUUCCCGGCUUGCCACUGUGGAGUUCGAAGGAGAAGAAGAAGAAGAUAGCUCCCAAGUGGUUGUCCGUCGCUGGACUAUCAAUACCAAAUACUACACUGCUGAUGUUUCUCUGUGUAUGGCUCAUCUUCAAGAUGGAUUUUCAGCUCGAACCCUCCCUAUAUUUAACCAUUCAACUGCCUUGGUCAUGGUUUUUGAUAUGUCUAAUUUGUCAACCCUUUCUGCUCUUCGGGAUUGGGUAUCUUACACUGAUAUCCAAAACUUUGAGAUUUUACUCUGCAUUGGAAACAAAGUUGAUCGAAUUCCAGGUCAUCCUGUCCAUGCUGAAUACACAAAACGCCUACACAAACUUAAUGAUUCCUCUACUUAUCCUUCAUCUGACUUCACUCAAUAUGGAAUUUCUGAAGCUGAAGGAAGCAGUCUAUUGGGAAAUGAAGACCCAUCCUCCAACAUUCGCAAGAAAAUCUUGGAAUGGUGCAUCGACCACAACAUUGAGUUCAUUGAAGCCUGUGCUUCUAAUGCUGAAUUUGACAAAUGUUUGUCGGUUGAUGGUGAUUUACAAGGAGUUGAACGACUUUAUGGUGCUAUUUCUGCUCAUAUGUGGCCUGGAAUGGUUCUGAAAUCUGGUGAUAUGAUAACUGAACCUUCACUACCUGAGAAAGAAGAUUCAUCGGAAGAAGAACCUGAUUAUCAGUUUGAAUAUGAAGUGCUAUCUGCGGGUUCAGCUGAACCAGGGAAUGAGAUGGUUGAAGAAUGGGUUUCUGCAAGUCCAGCUAACACAUUCCUGGAUAUAGCGAAAUCAGUUGAUGCGGGAAAUUCUGUUACAGAGUGUGCUCCAGGGAACAUAGCCGGGUGCAAAAAGGAAGAGUUGCAUACUUUUCUGACAUUUUCUGGUUUAGGGGAGAAAAUUGACAGAAUGGAACCCAAUGCUGAAGAAGCUGGUCUAGCUUCAGCUUCAGAAGUAGAUGGUGGCCCACAUUAUGAUUUUGAUGAUUUGGAACAGUUGAUGUCUGAGAUUGGAAAUAUUCGCAGCAACUUGAGGUUAAUGCCUGAUUUUCAAAGGAGGGAGAUGGCUGCCAAGCUGGCUAUUAAAAUGGCUGCCAUGUUUGGAGGUGACAGUGAUGAUGAAGAGGAGAUAUGAGUUACUAAUAUGGGUAUUACUCGAUCAUAAGAACUUUUAGAUUGAUCAUGAUUCAUUCCUUAAUCCCGACUGUUGAGAAUUUUGGAAGUUACUGAUAUGUAGCUUAAAUACAAAGUUAACUUAAAAAAGGAGCCUUCAUGGAAAAUGUUUGGUUAAUGUUUAGUUUUA